AGACAACGGGACAUCACACAGAGAGACAGACCAGAGGACUCUACAGAGACAUCACACAGAGAGACAGACCAGAGGACUCUACAGACACACAGAGAGACAGACCAGAGGACUCUACAGACACACAGAGAGACAGACCAGAGGACUCUACAGAGACAUCACACAGAGAGACAGACCAGAGGACUCUACAGACACACAGAGAGACAGACCAGAGGACUCUACAGACACACAGAGAGACAGACCAGAGGACUCUACAGAGACAUCACACAGAGAGACAGACCAGAGGACUCUACAGACACACAGAGAGACAGACCAGAGGACUCUAGAGACACACAGAGAGACAGACCAGAGGACUCUACAGAGACACAGAAGGCUGAAGCCCACCAGACCAGGCCUCAGGAUGGACCAUGUCAUUCAGUUUGAAGGGAUUCCCAUGUCUAAGUCCAUGAGAGGGAUGUGUAAGGAGGAGGACUAUGCGUUCCUGGGAGAGAAGGGUGAAAGCCACAAGGAGACAGACACGCUGGGAGAAGACUGGAAGGAAGACAAAGUGGAGAGGGUGCGGCGGCGUCGGGAGCGAGUGCAGCAGGAGCAGGAAAGAGUCAGAGAAGUGGAGGAGAGUAGGAAGGAGAAGGAGCAGCAGUGGCGUCACCAUGUAGCAGAGCUGGCCUCCACUCAGGAACAAAGACUCAGAGAUAGACUGGCACGACUCCGGCGCUUCAGGGACUUCCAGAGGAGUGUGCUAGCAGAGGAGAUGUCCCUCCAGACUGACUCUGAGUCCAGCCAAGCCCUGGACCAGCUGCUUACCAGGAUCUAGACAACAUAGACCUGCAGGAAAGACCCAUUUCACAACCAGUUCACAGACAACCUGUCCCUUCUAAUCAGUAUAUAUCUAUAGUCAUCUGUCUCCACUAACACCUGUCUGCUGUUCCGUCUACAGAGUGAUCUAGACUGUAUAGAUCUAUAGUCAUCUGUCUCCACCUGUCUGCUGUUCAGUCUACAGAGUGAUCUAGACUGUAUAGAUCUAUAGUCAUCUGUCUCCACCUGUCUGCUGUUCCGUCUACAGAGUGAUCUAGACUGUAUAGAUCUAUAGUCAUCUGUCUCCACUAACACCUGUCUGCUGUUCCGUCUACAGAGUGAUCUAGACUGUAUAGAUCUAUAGUCAUCUGUCUCCACCUGUCUGCUGUUCAGUCUACAGAGUGAUCUAGACUGUAUAGAUCUAUAGUCAUCUGUCUCCACUUGUCUGCUGUUCCGUCUACAGAGUGAUCUAGACUGUAUAGAUCUAUAGUCAUCUGUCUCCACCUGUCUGCUGUUCAGUCUACAGAGUGAUCUAGACUGUAUAGAUCUAUAGUCAUCUGUCUCCACCUGUCUGCUGUUCAGUCUACAGAGUGAUCUAGACUGUAUAGAUCUAUAGUCAUCUGUCUCCACUUGUCUGCUGUUCAGUCUACAGAGUGAUCUAGACUGUAUAGAUCUAUAGUCAUCUGUCUCCACCUGUCUGCUGUUCAGUCUACAGAGUGAUCUAGACUGUAUAGAUCUAUAGUCAUCUGUCUCCACCUGUCUGCUGUUCAGUCUACAGAGUGAUCUAGACUGUAUAGAUCUAUAGUCAUCUGUCUCCACCUGUCUGCUGUUCAGUCUACAGAGUGAUCUAGACUGUAUAGAUCUAUAGUCAUCUGUCUCCACUUGUCUGCUGUUCAGUCUACAGAGUGAUCUAGACUGUAUAGAUCUAUAGUCAUCUGUCUCCACCUGUCUGCUGUUCAGUCUACAGAGUGAUCUAGACUGUAUAGAUCUAUAGUCAUCUGUCUCCACCUGUCUGCUGUUCUGUCUACAGAGUGAUCUAGACUGUAUAGAUCUAUAGUCAUCUGUCUCCACCUGUCUGCUGUUCAGUCUACAGAGUGAUCUAGACUGUAUAGACUGUAUUAGUAAUAGGAGCUGUAUUAAUAAUAGGAGCUGUAUUAGUAAUAGGAGCUGUAUUAAUAAUAGGAGCUGUAUUAGUAAUAGGAGCUGUAUUAAUAAUAGGAGCUGUAGGAGGGUGUUCCCGGUCUGAUGGACCCUGGGCUGGGGGAGGAUGUUCCAGGUCUGAUGGACCCUGGGCUGGGGGAGGGUGUUCCCGGUCUGAUGGACCCUGGGCUGGGGGAGGGUGUUCCAGGUCUGAUGGA